CAUUGAACACUUGGAAAUAGUAGAAAGUGCAAUGGACAUGAAGUACUGGUAAAAUAUUCCAGUGAUUCAAUUCUUUAACGUUCUUAAUUUGUUAUCAUUUUUUCACACUUCAAAAACUAGUUGUAAGUUCAACUACUAUUUUCGUAAAUGGUAUGUGAAUGAUUUAAAUAUAAUAAUAUCAAACAAAGGUGUUGAUAGAGGAUUGUUUUGGAAACAUUUUUGGCAAAAUGGAUUUGUCAACUAGUAAUCAAAAUUCGCCAAACCAUCUACAGUUUUUGAAGAGUUGUAACAAGUCGUCUUCUCCAAAUACCUCUUGUUUUCUUGUUGAACAAGAUGUCAAUGAAAAUUCUGCGAACCAUCUACAGUUUUUGAAGAGUUCUAGCAGAUCAGUUUCUCCCAAUACCUCCUUUUUCCUUGCUGAACAUGAUGUUGAUAUCAUAGAAGCUGACCAAAUUAACUUUGGAAAUGAUGAAUCUUGGUUGUGUUCUGUGCCAAAUAGUCAAGAAGAAAACAUUUCCAAUUUGGGUGAAUGGCUCAAAGGAUCAGAAAUCAAUGAUGAUUUUCUUCUAGAUAUAGCUCCGAAAACCUCCCAAGCAGUUUCCCAAAAACUUGUUGAUUCUAGAACAUUUACUCGUCCUAAAAAAAGGUUUACUCGUCCCAGUAUAGAACAGUACAAUGAAGAAAUGUAUGGAAGUGGUAGCGAAAUCAGUGUUGGAUCUUUAAUAAAAAGGAAAUCCAUGAAUAGACCGCUCUCUGAAAGUUUCGUCAUACAAGAGAGAAUGGAAGUCACCCCAGUGGAAUUUGACUUGUCGCAACCUUCUAGCAGCUAUUACUUUGACAAGAUUUCUUCAGAAACUGGAGAAGCUGACUCUUUCCAAAAUAUGUCGCCACCUAGUUUAGUCAACUCUAUGUGUUCGUCAACGUUUGCCAAUCUAAUGGAGAGUAGUUUCAUUAAAAAUGAUCCUGUCUUGAGGGAAAUCCGUGAUACUGACUUCACAGAGUCUGUCUUAUUACAAGAUUGCGAACCUCCAAUGUUCCAGUCUAUUACAGAAAGUUGUAGUAGUAUUAGUUCCGACACCCCUGAAAAUUUUUUAAAGAAAAUGUCAUUCAAUGGGACGUUCAGAAAAAAUGCAACAAAAGAUUUGGAUAAAACAGUUUCUCUAAAAAUGACGGAGAGUGAUAUUUCUCAGGACACAACAUAUGAGAAUUCCAGUGAACUAGUUUCAGAUGUUGAACAAAUUGAUAUGACCGAUAGUACAGGAAACAGUUUGAAAGAACCAAGCAAUGAACCUAGCUACACUUUGAACGGAACAUAUCGCCGUACUCCCAAGAAAAGUAACACUUUUAGAAGGUCUGAUCGAAACAAAACGAUAGUUCUCAACUCUACAAUAGAUAUUCCACAAAUAGAUAAUUCCACUCUGAACUCUACGCAAACUCUUAUUGAAGAGUCAAGUGUUAACAGCUUUAAAACAAGCGAGUCAUUUUCGAACACUCUGAUUAAGAAUGAUACCAUAGAGGACAUGAAAAAACAACUGUCUGAUGAUGUAAAAAUAAAAACCGAUUUGAAUAGGUUGAGUUAUUGCAAUGAAAAUGACAACUUGAAUUCAACUUUCAACAAGGACAUGAAUUCUUCGAACAAAUCCGGAAACCUCAAGCAGUCUCCUCUUGGUUGUUCUAUUGGAUCAGCAGACAGUUUAGAUAGGAUGAGUAGUAGCAUGUCUAGUAGCAGCAGAGGAUCCAAUAAAAUGCUCAAUAUGGCUGAAGUAGAUGCUAUUGUUGAAAUGCAAGAACGCAGCUUACAUCAGGUAAUGUCAACGCCCAAACCAAACGCUACAAAAAAAAAGAUUUGGGAAAACAAUUUUAUAUCUCCAAUCAUCACCACUGAACAAAUAUCUGAUUCAGAGUUUUCUUCCAACGAUGACUACAAGAGUGUUAGAUCGUCCGUAUCAAAAACAUCCCUUGACAACCAAUCAUCAAAGAAUACGAAGAGCCUAGGUAAUCUUGUAGCGCCCGUUGUUCCUAAAGGUAAACUGAGCCGUAGAACUUCAUACACCAUUGCCGACCAAAAACCUUUGCAAACCAUGCCUAGUGUUGUAAGGAACUCAUAUUCCAAUCUGAAGUACAUGCAAACAAAUAUUCAUGGAUCCCAGUCUAAUCUGCAAAGACCUAGCAGCAUUAGGAUGCCAUCAUCAAACUUGAAAACGAUGGGACCAAAAUUGAAGGGUUCAUAUACCAGUUUGAGGCCUAUGAGUGCCAAUUUGCCGGUGGCACCUCCACCUAUAAAUCAAAAUUUGAACUCCACAAUGGUUCUUCCUAAAGCUUCCAAUCCCAAUGUCACCCAGGUUCUCGAAACUCGACCCAAAGUUGUGGAGGUUCUCCCAAUGCCAAGGGAGAAGGUCAACAUUGUUGGGGACAGCACUUUCAUCAAACCUCAUCCACCCAGAACUAGUGGAUUACCUCGACCUACAGGUAUCCCAAGACCUGCUUCUAGGAUACCUGGACCUCGUAGUAAUAAUAUCAGGUAAUACUAUUUCUGCUGUUGGUCAGUUUGAGUUUCACGUUAUUGCUUGAUUUGCUUGUUCUUGUUGAAGCAGACAAAUGGUCUAUGAAAUUGAAUUGUUUCAUUUUCAUUUAGUUUUGGGAAAUCAUUAUCCUUUGAAAAAUACUCUUAGCAAGACUGUGAAGAACAGUUGACAGUUCUGAAUUGUUUGGAUUUUGUGAUAGCUCAUUCUCUGUACUGGAUGUUUAUUACCAAACGUUAUUAGCGUCCUUUAAAGGGAUGAUAAAAACUCUUUAGUUUAGGAUAUUCUACAUGUGUCAAAAAAAAUUAUUUGGUGUAAAAAUUUACUAUGUCCUUUUCUUUUUUGUCUGAGUAUAGUUUUCCAUUCAGCAAGUAAAAUGUGUAGUGCUGUUGAACAAAUAUUAGGAAAAUAUCCCAAAAAGGAAUUCAGCUAGGAAUGUUGAGUGUUAAAAAAAAAUACUUGAACAGAAAGAAAAACAACCGUAGUAUGCAGACAUUAUCAAAGACUAUUUCACAACGGUCAAAGUGAUCUACCUUCUUGUAAUAUACAAACUCGCAGUUUUCAAAGGUUACAAUUGAAAUUUUGAGAUUAGAAACAAAGUAAUAUGUUUCAAAUAACAGUUAUUUGUUAUUUUAUUUUAAUUGGUAUUAUUAGUAUUUGAGUUGGUAUUGUUAGGGAAAACUAUAUUUCAGAAUUCAACAAAGCAUUAGAUAAUGUUUGUUAUGAAGAAAUUAACCUCUGUAAAAAAUCACUUCUCACCAAGAAAAUUCAAAUUGAAUGGAAAUCACUAUAAAAUAAUAUCAAUCAAAUAACAUGUAACCUUUGAGAGAGAUGAUAUUUACGAACAAGUGUCACCUGACUUGAGAAUAAAUCAAAAACUAUUUUUCACUUUUUCUUUCUUUCGAAUAUAGUCAAUUUUUCUAAACAGAUGAAUUGCAUAUUUUUAUGGCAUGAACUAAUUUUGAGUAAUUUCAACUAAUCUCCUAAGAUUGCUUCAAAUUUAAAAACUAAUAUUUGACUGGAUUCAAAUAAUCAAAGAGAUACUAAGGGUUGACAGACAGAGAGAAGGGUUGACCUAACCUAACUCAAAUCAAUUUUAGUGUGGUUUGAAAUUGAAAUACACUUUCUGAAUAGAAAAUAGAUAAUAUUCAUUGACAUUCAAAAAUGUAAAGGAUGUGGUGUUAUUUUCUUUUGAUUGAACAUUAUGAAAACGUCAUUCGGUAGUAUCUACUGAAAACCUUGAAAUUAUAGGCCUACUUCUGCAAGAUCCGGGAAUAAUUUAUGAGAAAAGAAAGACGUUUAUCAGUGACUAAUAUAGUUGUCACUGCAUGUGCCUUAUCUGCAUAUCUUACCUAUUCUUUGUAUUAAUAUUAUGUAACAUAUCUUAUUGACUUGUUUCCCCAUUUGUUAUUUAAAUCAUAAUAUAUUUAUUGUAACAUACUCCAGUUUUUUUAUAGAUAUGUAAAUUAUAAGUGUUUUGUACCUAUUGAGCUGUUUGUUUUUUACCAAAUGUGUUUUUUGAGAUGUUUAUUCGGAUGGUAAAGUUUAAGAUGAGGUUCUUCAGGGUGUACUGGAAAUUGAAUAAAGGUAAAUAAACACA